GCUACAUAUACUAAAAAUACGGAAGCCCGAUUCAAAUUAAAACCGAAGCGGGAAACAAUUUUAACUUUUGCUUCUUAAUCGAUUUGGUUUCUCUUCACUCAAUCAAACUUGCUCUCGUCUCGUCUCCAAUAGUUGUUAGAUCGAUGGCGAGAACCAAACACGCGGCUGCUAAGAGCAGAAAUCGAAGACAAUCUGGUGCUAAAGUGACUUCACCGGCUUCUGCUUCACCCUCUACCCCUUCGAAAAUGAAGUCAUCAGGUGCAAGCACAAGCAGAAGGAAAACAGAUGCUCCACAAAGUCAAGCUACAACAAGGAAGGCUCAUCGCUACAGGCCAGGAGCAAAGGCUCUCCGUGAGAUUAGGAUGUUUCAGAAGUCUACAAAACUUCUUAUUCCAGCGGCUAGCUUCAUAAGAGAAGUAAGAGCUAUCACUUACCGUAUUGCCCCCCCAGAUGUCAAUCGUUGGACACCUGAAGCUUUAAUUGCAAUUCAGGAGGCAGCAGAAGAUUUUCUGGUUCAUUUGUUUGAAGAUGCAAUGCUCUGUGCAUUCCAUGCAAAGCGUGUUACACUGAUGAAAAAGGAUUUUGAAUUGGCCCGCCGGCUUGGGGGUAAGGGGCAACCUUGGUGAAAUAAUGCACCAUUUACCGGCACCAUCAUCACUGAUUUGUACUGUCGAGGAAAAUGGAGUUUGUAGCUAUUCUUUGACAGCAGUAAGCAUCUAACUGAAUUUGGAGAUUACAAAGUAGGAACUAGGAAACAAUAUUUAACCUCAUUGUACCAUAAGUGUUGUAGCUCCAAGGAGUACACAUCUAGCUUGAAGAAGUUUGCUAUCUGUUAAUUAAUCUACUGGUGAAGCUGAAUCCCCAAUCAGAAGCUCUGGUAGCAGUCAUUCAUGUGGGUUGAUAUGGCCUGGCAGUCUCUGAUUUAUGCUAUCAACAAAUCUUACAGGUGGGGUUGGACUUAGGGUUAUAUCUGUAAAUUCAUAGCUUUGGAUAAAAAAGUACGGGAUGAAGUCUGCCAGAGAUCAGCAAGAUGCUCAUCCUGCUAUUAUCUAAACUUGUAGCUAAGCAUAACUGUAAACGAAGCAGUGUUUCUAAUUUGAUGAUUUGGAGCA